GCGCGGUGCAUGUGGCGCGACGAGCGAUACUGAAACACUCAGAAAACCGACACUCCCACUUUCAGUUCGGGAUCAUAAUGGUCCGAUUUCGGGAGACGUUACGGAAGUACGCUCAUGAUUCGUUGCGUAGCGGUUAUGUCAAUGUUAAAAAAUUAAAAUUUUAAAUGAGGGUGAGUGAAUUUCGGAAAAUUGAACGGAGAGAUUGUCAUUGGGAAUUACAGAAUAAAAACGAACAAAUAAUAUAAAUUCUAAAAUAAACAAAGCUAAAAUAAUAAACUAAAUAAUACGAAUAUACAUAAAUAAAAAUUGUUUGUAACGAGCAAUAAAAAUGAAGUUAAAACAAAUACUCGAUGUGGGGUUCCUGUUAAACGCCCUAAUAGUAUCAGUAGUGAGUGCUGGUCCUGCAUGGAAGGAAAUCCAACGCGGUGGAGGGUUAAAAAUUGGCUCCGGAGGAGGGAAGAACACGUCUUUACUUAGAGGAAACGGUGGAACAUCUUCAGGUAUCAAGUUGGGAGGAAGCACUCGAGGUAUCCGCACCACGACGACCAUACUCCCCGAGGAAGACCACAUUUUCGCUCCAACGACGCCGAGCGUCAAAACGGGAAUGAAUCAUCUCCACAUCGGCAUAAUGGUUCCUUACAAAUCGUUCGGAGUGAGAGAGUACAAAAAGGCUGCAAGCAGUGCUACUGCUUACGUUCAGAGAAAAUUGAAGUUUUUCAAAAACCACGACAUCCAAACGCAUUUGGAAAUGCAAGAGAUGACUCCCAGUCCUACAGCAAUUCUGAAGUCUCUGUGUAAGGAGUUUUUAUCCUACAACGUUUCUGCAAUAUUGUAUCUUAUGAACUAUGAACAGUACGGACGUAGUACUGCUUCAGCACAAUACUUUCUUCAGUUAGCUGGAUAUUUGGGUAUACCUGUAAUUGCUUGGAAUGCCGAUAAUUCGGGACUCGAACGCAGGGCCUCUCAACAGUCAUCGUUGAUGUUGCAACUUGCGCCGUCUCUCGAACAUCAAACUGCAGCUAUGUUAAGCAUUUUGGAACGGUACAAGUGGCAUCAAUUCUCUGUGGUGACCAGCCUGAUUGCCGGUCACGAUGACUUUAUCCAAGCCGUUAGGGAGCGAGUUUCGGCAAUGCAGGAUCGCUUCAAGUUCACCAUAUUAAAUGCAGUUUUGGUGGCUAACAGAGGCGAUUUGGCAGCGCUGGUAGACUCUGAGGCUCGGGUUAUGCUUUUAUACUGUACUCGGGAAGAGGCCAUCGACAUUCUAACUGCGGCCAGGGACCUUCAUCUCACUGGAGAAAAUUACGUUUGGGUAGUUACUCAGAGUGUUGUAGAAAAUCCUCAACAGACGCCUUAUCAGUUUCCCGUAGGAAUGCUCGGUGUCCACUUCGACACUUCGAGUUCCUCAUUGGUCAACGAAAUCAUGACAGCCGUAAAAGUGUAUGCCUACGGAGUGGAAGACUUCACUUCGGAUCCGGAUAACGACGGCAGAUCCCUGAACACCCAACUCUCCUGCGAAGGGGCCGGAGCGGCCAGAUGGGACACCGGAGACAGGUUCUUCCGGUAUCUAAGAAACGUCAGCGUCGAAGGCGAUCAAGGCAAACCCAAUCUAGAGUUUACGCAAGACGGAGUCCUUCGAGCGGCUGAACUGAAGAUUAUGAAUUUGAGACCUGGCGUCAGUAAACAACUAGUAUGGGAGGAAAUCGGAGUAUGGAAAUCCUGGCAGAAGGAAGGAUUGGACAUAAAGGAUAUCGUUUGGCCGGGAAACAGCCACACGCCUCCACAGGGAGUGCCGGAAAAGUUUCACUUGAAAAUAACUUUUUUGGAGGAACCGCCGUAUAUCAACUUGGCCCCGCCGGACCCCGUCACAGGGAAAUGCUCCAUGGACAGGGGAGUCCUGUGCAGAGUGGCUACCGACGCUGAUAUCACUGAGGUCGAUAUGUCUCAAGCUCACAGAAACGGCAGUUACUACCAAUGCUGUUCCGGAUUCUGCAUAGAUUUGUUACAAAAAUUCAGCGAGGAAUUGGGUUUCACAUAUGAGCUAGUGCGCGUGGAAGACGGCAGAUGGGGAACAAACGAUAACGGCAAAUGGAACGGAUUAAUCGCAGACUUGGUUAAUCGAAAAACCGAUAUGGUUCUUACUUCAUUAAUGAUAAACGCAGAAAGAGAAGCCGUGGUGGAUUUCAGUGUUCCUUACAUGGAAACCGGUAUUGCUAUUAUAGUGGCAAAACGAACUGGAAUUAUUUCACCUACGGCGUUCUUGGAACCCUUCGACACUGCCUCUUGGAUGCUGGUCGGCAUCGUUGCCAUACAAGCAGCUACAUUCACAAUAUUCCUAUUCGAAUGGCUCUCGCCGAGCGGAUUCGAUAUGAAACUUUCUUUGAACCAGCAUCCCUCGGCUUCGCAUAGAUUCUCUUUAUUCAGGACUUACUGGCUGGUUUGGGCCGUUCUAUUCCAAGCCGCCGUGCACGUCGACUCUCCCAAGGGAUUCACCGCGAGAUUUAUGACCAAUGUUUGGGCGAUGUUCGCCGUUGUCUUCCUCGCUAUCUACACUGCCAAUCUAGCAGCCUUCAUGAUCACCAGAGAAGAAUUCUUCGAAUUCUCCGGCGUAGCCGAUCACCGAUUGUGUAGGCCAACAUCCCACAAACCGAUGAUAAAAUUCGGCACGAUUCCCUGGUCUCACACCGAUUCAACCAUAGCGAAGUAUUUCAAAGAAAUGCACGCCUACAUGCAACCAUAUCAAAGAUCGAACGUCGUCCAAGGUGUGGCCGACGUUCUGAGCGGGGAAGUCGAUGCUUUUAUCUACGAUGGAACAGUUUUGGAUUAUUUAGCCGCCCAGGAUGAAGAUUGUAAGUUACUAACCGUCGGUUCUUGGUACGCCAUGACCGGAUAUGGAUUAGCAUUUCCAAGGAACUCUAAAUAUCUCAAAAUGUUCAACAAAAGAUUGCUGGACUUUCGGGAAAACGGCGAUCUGGAACGCCUGAGACGCUACUGGAUGACGGGCACCUGCAGGCCGGGCAAGCAGGAGCACAAAAGCUCCGAUCCGCUGGCUUUGGAGCAAUUCUUGUCGGCGUUUUUGCUUCUUAUGUCAGGUAUUCUUCUAGCGGCGCUACUUCUCCUUCUCGAGCAUCUUUACUUCAAAUACGUACGAAAGCAUCUGGCGAAAACCGACAGAGGUGGCUGUUGCGCGCUGAUUAGCCUCUCCAUGGGGAAGAGUCUAACUUUCAGGGGUGCCGUUUACGAAGCUCAAGAUAUCCUUAGGAAUCACAGGUGCAAGGAUCCUCUUUGCGACACGCAUUUGUGGAAGGUAAAGCGGGAAUUGGACGUGGCGAAUUUGAGAAUCAAACAAUUGGAGAAAGAAAUGGAGACGCACGGUAUAAAACCACCGCCGCCUUGUAAGCGUGUAAUUGUAUCAGGUGAACAAGCAAGGGCUAGAUUGAGAAAUUUGAAUCCCACUGGAAGAGGGGGAAGUGACAUUGAUUUAUUCGGGCCACGGACGGAGAUAGCUGAAAUGGAAACUGUACUGUGAUUUAAUAAAGCUUAAAAAUUAUCAACCCCAAUCAAGAAAAUAACACCAAACCCAGCAAAAGCUGAAGUUUAGAACACUGGCGUUCAAUAAAAAGUGUUCCAUUUUAACUUAUCAUUGAUGGUCAACUUGUUCAAAGUCAAACGCUAAUUUUUAUUUAAUGUCAAUCGACUAAUCAGCGUAAAGGAAAAUUAACUCUUUGACUGACAAAGUUGCUUAAUGGAAUAAUUUGAAUGUUUUAAUUUAUUGCCUGAAAAAAAAACUCUUAUGAUUAAGGUGCAUUGUUAAUUAGUUACAGUGAUGAAUUACCUGAGUGAUUUUCCAAAUAAUACUUUUAUAAAUACAUCACUAUAUGUAAAAUUUUUGCCAAUUCAAAAAAUGUAUGUUCAAUAUGAUAACUGCCGUUAUACAUUGUUUUAUGAGAAUUUGAAAAUUAACAAUUUUUUCAACGUGUAUAAUUUUGUACUUCUUGUAAUUGAAUAUGAUUCUAGCGUUACUUAAUUAAGAUAAGUUAUAAAUUUUUCGAAUUCUCGUAAGUAUUUUAGGGUUAUAUGGCAGUUAAUAUUAAACUGUAAGCCAUUAAUUAUAGCUUUCAGGAUAUUUAUUUGUCAUUUAUGGUAAUAUACAUAAAUUGUUUUUUUAUAAGUAUAAUUCGAAAGCACUGGUAAUUUAUAUGGAACUUAUAUUCUCAAAGUUCUAUCAGCUCAUUAAAUAAUUUUAUUAAUUUAUUUUCUUCUAAUAUGGAAAAUUGUAGAUAGGAAUAAAAUAAAUUUAUAUACGUAAAAUGUGAUAGUUACACAGAUCAAUCAAGAAUCACUAUAAAUUAAUUUAUAUUAUGUAAUUACACAAUAAUUUUUUUAUUGCUGCUAUAUUUGUAAAACUAUCUUUUAUGUGGUAUACAAAAUAAAUACAAUAAAAUUGUGGUCCUAAUUAUGCAAAUUGAAUAUUUAUGAUUAAAUUGCAGUUUAUGAGUAGUUUUUUAAAGUUAAGUGAAGCUCAGAUCUGUGUAACUUUCUUAUGAUUUACAUUGUUGUUGCUAAAAUGUUGUUGCUGUUAUUGUUGAUGUUAACUACACUGCUAAUUAUAUUUAUUUCUAAAGGCAUAUUGACGAAAUCGUAUCCAAUAUUUUUGAAUUUUAUUGUUAAAUUAAAUUGUACCUUAUGUACCUUAAUUAGUUCAUUGCAUGCAUUCAUGGGAAACUUUGAAUAACCUAUUCAAUGAUAUUAAUAUUUUUAUAUGGAUUAUAUAAAUAAUUAAUUAGAGGAAACUUUUGAAUGAUUCAAAUAAAAUAAGAGGGAUUUGAAGAGGGAAAGAUUUCGUCAAAAUGAUUUGCCAAAAUUUUGAUUAACUAUAAAAUUAUCGUUUACAGGCACGCACUCAUUAGUUUUUAGUAUGAUGUAUAUAACUACAAAAUAUUUAUUAAUUUAUAUAUUACCUGUAAAACUAGAAAUCAAAAUGUUUAAAUUAUAAAAGCAGAUAUUGCAAAAAGUAAUAAAUUAUGUGUCGGUGUUCAAUAUUUGUUCAACUAAAGCUGCGGAACAUAGACGGGUAUCUAGGUAUUUAAAACAAAAGUAAUUUCUUCGAUUUAAAAUGAUAAUCUAGACAGGUGAAUAAAUAAGAAAAUAUUUUUUUAUAUAAAAUAUCUCUUUAAAGAACGGCUAUUACGUAUAUCUACAAUAAAUAAAUAUUUUCAUUACCUAGCUUAUUUUAGAUUCAAGUCUAUGAUUCCGAAAACAUAAAAAUACACGUAACUUUUAAUGUAAAUAAGGUUUGCAAUAAAAUUUCAUUUAAAAACAGUCAAUAAUAUAGAAUUAUAAAUGUUAACUGUGUAAUCACUAUAUAUUCAAGUAAAAUAAAACAUAACUCUAUGUUUCAUUAAAUCAUUAUUAAAACACUCGACAAUAAAAACCGAACUAAAAUACGAAAUUUGUGUUGACCAUUUUUUUCUCUUGUGCAUUUAUUUCUUGUAUUACUACAAAAUUGCAAAAUCCGUGAUUUUGAUACAAUGUGAUAAUAAAAAUUGAAAAACAUCGCCGUUCUGUUUUAAUUAAUCCUUCAAGUCUUCAUGCUUUGACUCUUUGAUCUUAAGAUAAUUUUUUAACAUAUUUUUAAUAUAAUCGGUUACAAGAAACCUAAAAAAAA